AAGAAGGAAGGUUGGUUGAUGAUUGAGAGUUAACGACCGUUCACGCUUAAUUUUGAAUUUUUAAAAAUGGAAAUUUGAAAAAUUCGCGUCGCCAUUAACGCGAAAAGUAAGUAAUUUAGGUGACGAGUUAAGACUGCGAGUAUCGCCGCUACGCUACGUAGGGUAAUUAUUUGAUCGCGGACCCGCAUGCAGAUCGGACAGCAGAAUCCCAUCGUCGAUAGUGAUAAUGUUGAUGAAAUACGUUGCUAACGCAGUUUCGGCAUCUGCGCUGAAAUCGUGUCGUGUAGCCGGCGCCGGCUCCGGCUCGUGCCCGUGGAGUAGGAUUAGUCCGUGUUCGCCUUUUUUCGACGCUGUAAAGAUGGGAGUGAGAUACGCGGGUCAUAGUAAAUGGCAAAAUAUCAAACAUACGAAACUCGCCAAAGACGUACAGAAGAAUCAACUCUACAAUCGGCACAUCGAAGAGAUCAGACGCGCCAUCAGAGAAGGAAAAGGCACAAAUCCGAAAAACAACGUACAAUUGGCCAAAUGUCUGGAAGCUGCCAAGAAGGAUGGUGUAGCGACGACGACCAUCGCCGGAGUCAUACAAAAAUUGGAGAAAGCCUUAUUGAAUCCAAAAUCCAUCCUGUUCGAGUACAGAGGUUCGCACGGCGUUUUAGUUAUAGUCACCGCGAAUACCGACAAUAGGAAUCGAACGCGAAGCGAUAUCAAUUUCGUCACGAAAAGACACGGGUUAGUUAAAGCGGAAAAUAUUACGAGCGCUUUCAGUUAUAAAGGGUACGUUUACGCGAAACCUGCGCCCGAUACUGUCAACGCUGACGAGAAAGCGCUCGAUGACGCCAUCGAAGUCGGAGCUGAAGAAGUGCAGCGUGACGAAGAAAAUUCCGAAAUAUUAGUGUUUAAAUGCGACGGUGCCGACUGCAGCGCCAUUCGAUCAAAAUUAGAAAGUAGAAAUUAUCUGGUCCAAGACUCGGAAGAAUUAUUCGAACCCAGAAAUGCCGUCGAACUGGACGAAGACGAAACAAAAAAAUACUACGAAGCGUUCGAAAAACUCGACGAAAUUCCCGAAGUUAACGGAAUUUAUACGAAUCUACAGUAGUUGUCGAUUAUUGUGUUUGUGAUGCGAUGGAAUACGAACGCACUUAUUACAAUCUUUUGUUGUUUGGUUUUA